ACAAAGACGGCGGCGUGCGCGCGCGCCGGAGAAAGACUCGGGGGAAGCGUGCGCGCGCGGCCACCACUCUGAGCUACUAGAGGCGGCUAAGAGGACCAAGAGAGGGAGGGGCAGAAGCCGCCGACCUCAGCCUGAGAAGAAGGGACAGUGCUAGUGCCAGCAGGAAGAGAAAGGGGCGGGGCCGGCGAGCUGUGAGUCGAGGUGCGGAGCUCUUGGGACCGGCCGGAGCGCGGGGGUCUGUGGCCUUCGCCGUCCCAGUGGCCGCUGCCGUCACUUCGUCGCCGUCGAUCUGCGGGAGGCGGGUUAUGGCGGCGGCGGCAGUGGGAGCUGUGAAUGAAUUCUCCAGGUGGACGCGGGAAGAAGAAAGGCUCCGGCGGCCCCAGCAGCCCGGUGCCUCCCAGGCCCCCGCCCCCUUGCCUGGCCCCCGCCCGCCCUGCCCGUCCCGCCCCCAGGCCGGCUCCUCCGCCGGAGUCGCCGCAUAAGCGGAACCUGUACUACUUCUCCUACCCGCUGUUCGCAGGCUUCGCGCUGCUGCGUUUAGCCGCCUUCCACCUGGGGCUCCUCUUCGUGUGGCUCUGCCAGCGCUUCUCCCGCGCCCUCAUGGCCGCCAAGAGGAGCUCCCCAGCCGCGCCGGCCUCGGCCUCACCGCCGGCGCCAGUGCCGGGCGGAGAGGCCGAGCGCGUCCGAGCUUUCCACAAACAGGCCUUCGAGUACAUCUCCAUUGCCCUGCGCAUCGAUGAGGACGAGAAAGCAGGACAAAAGGAGCAAGCUGUGGAAUGGUACAAGAAAGGUAUUGAAGAACUAGAAAAAGGAAUAGCUGUCAUAGUUACAGGACAAGGUGAACAGUGUGAAAGAGCUAGACGCCUUCAAGCUAAAAUGAUGACUAAUUUGGUCAUGGCCAAGGACCGUUUACAACUUCUAGAGAAGCUGCAACCAGUUUUGCAAUUUUCCAAGUCACAAACAGACGUCUAUAAUGACAGUACUAACUUGACAUGCCGCAACGGACAUCUCCAGUCAGAAAGUGGAGCAGUUCCAAAAAGAAAAGAUCCUUUAUCACAUACUAGUAACUCACUGCCUCGUUCAAAAACAGUUUUGAAAGCCGGAUCCACAGGUCUUUCAGGCCACCACAGAGCACCUAGUUGCAGUGGUUUAUCCAUGGUUUCUGGAGUGAGACAAGGACCUGGUGCUGCAGCUGCCACUCAUAAGAGUACACCAAAAACAAAUAGAACAAAUAAACCUUCUACCCCUACAACUGCUACUCGUAAAAAGAAAGACCUGAAGAAUUUUAGAAAUGUGGACAGCAACCUUGCGAACCUUAUAAUGAAUGAAAUUGUGGACAAUGGAACGGCUGUUAAAUUUGAUGAUAUAGCUGGUCAAGAGUUAGCAAAACAAGCACUGCAAGAAAUUGUCAUCCUUCCUUCUCUGAGGCCUGAGUUGUUCACAGGACUUAGAGCUCCUGCCAGAGGAUUGUUACUCUUUGGUCCCCCUGGAAAUGGGAAAACAAUGCUGGCUAAAGCAGUGGCUGCAGAAUCUAAUGCAACCUUCUUUAAUAUAAGUGCAGCAAGUUUAACUUCAAAAUAUGUGGGAGAAGGAGAAAAGUUGGUGAGAGCUCUUUUUGCUGUGGCUCGAGAACUUCAACCUUCUAUAAUUUUUAUAGAUGAAGUUGAUAGCCUUUUGUGUGAAAGAAGAGAAGGAGAACAUGAUGCUAGCAGACGCCUAAAAACUGAAUUUCUAAUAGAAUUUGAUGGUGUUCAAUCUGCUGGAGAUGACAGAGUACUUGUAAUGGGUGCAACUAAUAGGCCACAAGAGCUCGAUGAGGCUGUUCUCAGGCGUUUCAUCAAACGGGUAUACGUGUCUUUGCCAAAUGAGGAGACACGACUACUUUUACUUAAAAAUCUAUUAUGUAAACAGGGAAGCCCAUUGACCCAAAAAGAACUAGCACAACUUGCUAGAAUGACUGAUGGAUACUCAGGAAGUGAUCUAACAGCUUUGGCAAAAGAUGCAGCUCUGGGUCCCAUUCGAGAACUGAAACCAGAACAAGUGAAGAAUAUGUCUGCCAGUGAGAUGAGAAAUAUUCGAUUGUCUGACUUCACUGAAUCCUUGAAAAAGAUAAAACGCAGCGUGAGCCCUCAAACCUUAGAAGCGUAUAUACGUUGGAACAAGGACUUUGGAGAUACCACUGUUUAAGCAAGUACCUUUGUAAGCCUGCAUAACAUUUUACUUACGAAGAGAAAAACACACCACCUUCAGUGAAUAACUGUAAGCUACAGAAACUCAGCCUAAGUUUACAGGACUUUUCAGAGUCUUAAAAUCAUUUGUGCAUCCAAAAAGAUAAACCAUAAAACAAAUUUAAAUAAAAUAUACAAUGCAAAUGGAUUAUUUUGUUUAAGGCCUUCUUGGCUUAAUGGUCAUGGUUAUCCAAAUGGGCAGUGUAAGUUAGAGCACAAUAAAAACUGAUUCUGGUCUUCUUUACCAGUAUAGUCAGAAUGUAAAUAAUGAUUUGUAUAUUGUGUUGCAGAUGAAAGUAUUCCAGAGACAGGAAGUGGUAGAAGACACAAGAGCCAUGGGUUGUCUUCUGAUGUCUUUUUUUAUAACAGUAAAUUUCCCUGUUUUCCUGUCCUACUGUUGUCUUUACUAUGGGUGAUUGGAAGGCCAAAAUUAAGUUUCUUUUUUUUUCCUUUUCUUUUUACAAAUUGUGUGCCAAAAGAAACUUUUUUCUGGGUGACGGUUAUAGGAAAAAGGAUUUUGGAGGCUUUUUCUUUGUAAAUUUACAGACAUUAAACAAUUGUUCUUUUCACUUUUUAUUUUUCUAGUACCUUACUACCCAACAAUUUAGAAAACGGUAUGAUAGCAACAAAACAAGUCUAGUAAAAUAGAGGAGAAAUUUGGAGGUUUUGAGUCACUCUGUCAUACAACAUGUAGAUCAAUCCUCAUGUGAUCGCAGUAUGUUUUUCUAAUAUAUUUGUCAGGAAUCUCUUGUAGACUGUUAACUUAUUCCUAAUGGAAUUUAUUUUCUGCUAGAAUUAUUCUAAUAUUUAAGAAAGCCAAUUUUGACAGCUGUAAAAGUGGUUCCUGUGCAAGAAAAGGAAGUGCUGGGAGCUAGGACAUUUCUAAUUUAUUGCUUAUUGCUUUCUUACUGUUUACAGGAUAAUGAUAAGCCAGUGGAUCCACCAUCUUUUGCUCUUAAUAAUUAUUAACCCCUUCAAUGAAACUUUAAAAAUUACUGAAUUUUUAUAAAUUGCAUACAUUUUAUAGGUUUCUUGUGCUCACUUUGUUAAAAGGUUGUAGUCUGUUAAUCUGCCUUUUGUUUCCCCAAAAUGUAUGGUAAUUCUGUUUCUUGUUUGUGUAAGUAUGCCUGAAUUUUUAUUAUGCAAAUGUCAUUGUAGCAAGUAGAGACUCAUAUCAUUGCCUUUUAAAUAUUGUAAUAAAGGCAAAUGGAUAUUUGCCCUUAGUUUACUGGUUAAAAAAGUUUGUUUACAGAAAUUUUCUUUGGUGCUUUUAUGUAAAAUGUCAUGGGUGGAAAAAAUAGUUUUAUAAUAGAAACAAAGAUUUUUCAUUUAGGAACUAUCUUUGGAUUUGAGAGAACACAUUAAAAUUAAAACCUUGCCCCUACUAGAUGAGAAUUUUAUAAUGAAGACAUACCUUCUUAAUUUUACUCUUGCUCUUCUUAAAGAUUUAUGUAAAUACAGAUGUAUGGUUUCUUAACAUCAUAUGGGUUUUAUAGACAUAUUUUAAAUUAUGUCCCUUCUAAUCAUGACUUUUGAACUCCCUAGAUAAGAAAAAUUAGGGUUGAGAUAAAUGGAAAAACAUUUUAAGCCCAAACUAUGCAUGCUUUAGAUCUUGAGUAGUAUUUCUUAAAGGUCUCAAAAAUUAAAAUGUCAAUUAUAAAAUAUUGAUAAUCAAGAUGAUAAAAUAUACAUGGUGACAAGAAUUGGAAACAUCCCAAAUUAAAACAUUUUCAGUAAAGCUCAAAUUUAAUUUUAACUUACUUAGAAAAGAAUUACUAUUAUUGAUACUUGGAUAACUCAGUCAUAUUAAAGGUUUAUGUGCUUCAAGCUCAACUUUUAAAAUAUCUUUAAAAUGAUCAUAAUUCUAUCUGGAAUAAGUUAAUGUAGCUCACUAUUUUUAUUGGGAAAGUUUUUAAGUAACAAAGAUUUCAAAAUAUUAAAAUAAGUAAAAGUCAAGUUAAUAUUGUCAUAAACAUUGAGUCAGAUGUAGAAACAUCCAUCCAUGCCUAGAAGUGAUUUUACUUACCUGAUUGGGUCUGAAGUUGAGCUUAGUGCUGGAGAACUAUUUUCUAUGACUUACUAUGACCAAGUUUUAUUUUCAGCUAUGUGUCUUUCAUAGAAGGGUUAUGAAAAUAGGAUAAUGAUAAUAGUAGGCGGUGUAAGGGUUUGGUUUGGUCUUUUUCACCAUAGGAGUUGCUGAGGUUGUUCGAAUUAAUAUUAGACUUAGAUUGUAACCUUUUAGAUUUUGCAUUGAGCUAUGUGUCAUACAACUUCCUAAAAGUAACACUUAAACAUUAAAUUUUAGCAUGCUCUUCAUGUUAAUAUGGCAGAGUUUUGUAAACUGAAUUAAAAUUAUUGAUGUACUGGACUCUUAACCAAUGGAAAGAAUCAACACUAUCUUUCAAGGUAUUUAAAAGGUAAAAGUGUAUUCUAAGACAAUUUGCCCAUUGAGGUUAUUCCAAUUUCUGACUUGAAAAUAUGCUUUGUUUUGGGGAUGAAUUGGAGGAAAAGCAGAUGCUAGAAUUCUAAUUUAAGUAAAUAUAUAGUAGUCUUUGUUUAUAGUGUAAAAUUCUUUAUAUUUUGUACAAAAACUAAUUCUUUUGGUAGAAUGAAUCAUUUAGUGUUUGGUUUUGGACUCUGAGUCAAAGAUUUUUCCUUUAAAUGCUUGUCUCAAUUUUAAUGUGGUCUUUUGUACUUCACAAGAAAUGAAUUAAAAGGUUCAGUUACAUAAAGUGGGGUUUAUCCUAGUGGACUGGAAAUAAAGUAUAAACUUUA